AUGAAGUCUGACUACGAAACAGAGGAGGAUGCCGAAGUUGCCCAAUACCUCAAUACGGCACUGGAGGUGCAACCGGGAUUGAACUGGCGUCUGUUGGCCCUGCGCCGUCAAGCAUCCAUACGAAAUGGCGGCAACAUAGCCUGUCGCUUUUUGGGCCUAAAGGCGGCUCGCAAAUUUGCUGAUGUGGCAACGUAUUUCCUGGACCUGGUUCUCAUGCAUUGUAUCCUGGCUUCCUUCAGUUUUCAAGAUCUGCGGGCUCCGAGACGUACCUACUCUUUCAGAGAGCCCAGCGAGCGGCGUACUUGCAGUGCGGCACCAAACGGUCAGUCAAACCACGCAAGCAUGCAGCCAGGGGAGAAGUCUGCCGCGCAGAGCAGACGGGUAAACGGCACUGCAGCCAAACCCGAAGCUACCUCCACCCUACAACGCCGUCUGACCUACGAUCCCCAUUCCUCCAAGGUGAUCACUAGGCCGAUGAAGCAGUCGAAUGACAAGGCGAUCACAAACCGACAACACGGCGGACCCGUGGCUCAAGAGUUAGAGCGUUCACCUCUGCUCGGAAAGACGCGAGUUCGAAACUCGUGUGCGGCGGCAAUUGUCGCUGCUACACUGGAGUUGGGCUACCACCACCUGAUGACGCCCAAUGAGGCAGAAAUGGCCGUAGUGGUGUGCUCUGUGUUUGUCGGUAAAAUACCGGAGGCGAUUGUUUGCAUGAAGGCAACGAAAACCACACAUCUUCUCAGCUUUCACAGCAACUUUCCGACAGCUCGCAAGCGCUACUCCUUAAGAACGGUCUUCAAUGUCAUCUGGAUUCAUUGCAACAAGUCAUGA